UAUGUUAAAUUGAGAGGAGGAUCUGAUGAAGAAGAAGGAUCAUCGUCGGAAUCAGAAUCGUCAUCUGGUUGUUCGAUUGGAUCCGUUACUUCUGUUUGGUUCUGGGUGAAAUUGAUCUCCUUGGUCGCUUUUUUGGGUUCUUUGGCUUUUGUUAUUAUCAAAUGGAUUGGUCCCUUUUUAAUCGAAAAGGAACUGAUUCCGUUUAUAAAAUGGGUGAGAGGAACUUUCAGCAUCCCGGUUCUUGGUCUUCUACUCUUUGCCUCGGUAGCAUUGUUCCCAAGCAUUCUUCUUCCCUCUUCUCCUUCCAUGUGGAUGGCAGGACUUACGUUUGGUUACGGAAAGGGGUUUCUUUUGAUUUUGUCAGCAGCAUCAAUUGGUGUUACUCUUCCUUUCUUAAUCGGACAUCUCUUUCUCCACAAGAU